AUGGAGGGGGCGGCAGCUGCUUCGGGCAACCUUGCGGCCGAGGGAGAGGCAUCUUCGGCUCUUGAUGCCAAGGUUCUCUUGCGCUUCAUUAGUGUCGGUUGCAACCGGUUGGUGAAUGCUGCUACUUGGGGCCGUAACAAUCUGCUCGCCUACGGAGCCCACAACAUGAUCGCCCUCUACGCUCCUGAUGAGUAUCGAGUGAAGCAGGUCUUGCGUGGCCACACGGACAGGGUGAACAGCGUGUCGUGGAUUCCCAACACCUCCGAGAGCGUCGAGGCGCGGUGGAAGUCGCCCGAGACCGAACUCGUAUCGGGUUCGUCGGACAAGACGGUGAUGGUCUGGCGCAAGUCCCAGAGCAGCGACGAGGCAUGGACACACCCCUCUCCUUUGUGGUUGCUGGGCCAUGCCGAUUCCGUGACCCACGUCGCUGUACUCACCACGCCCAACGGCCAGGUGUGGCUUGCGUCGACGUCGGCCGACCGCACGAUGAAGAUCUGGCGGCGGGAUUCCGGCCCGACGGCGGGCGAAUGGACGUGCCUGCAGACGUUCGACUACGCGCCGAAGAUGAUGGAGUGCGUCGCGCUCACUCACAUCCCCGGCACGAACGUGGUCUUGAUGGCCGCCGCUGGCGUCGAUCUCAUGAUCCACCUCUACGUCUGCAAGCUGGACGGCCAAAAGUUUCAUCGGCUGCUGGAGCUGCACGGGCACGAGGACUGGAUCCGGUCGCUCGCCUUCACGCGCGCGGACAACGGCGACGUGUUCCUGGCCUCGUCCGCGCAGGACAACUACAUCCGCCUGUGGAAGAUCGCGCGCUCCGACGCCGGCGAGUCGAGCGUGGCCGUCGCGCCGCUUCUCGCCGCCGCCGGCGGCGACGACGCGCCGGACGAGGCGGAGGCCGACGACGAGGGCGCCGGGCUGAGCCGGGAGGACAUCGAGCAGCGCCGGGGCAAGCGGUUCAAGCUGGGCAGCGACGGCAUGUUCAUCGCCGUGCUCGAGUCCAUCCUCUACGGACACGACGACUGGGUCUAUUCCGUGCGCUGGCACCCCACAAUCGAGAAACAGGGAGUGGAGCACCAGCCGAUGGCGCUGCUCUCGGCCUCGAUGGACCGCUCGAUGGCGAUCUGGCGGCCCGACCCGGAGACCGGCGUGUGGCUCAACGACGUGCGCGUGGGCGAGCUGGGCGGCAACGCGCUCGGAUUCUUCGGCGGACUGUUCGGACCCGAGGGCCUCUACAUCCUGGCGCACGGCUACAACGGCGCCUUCCACCUCUGGAAGCGUCAGGUCACUAAAGUAUUGCAAGGUGAGGGAGUGGAGGAUCUGGAGCUCGAGGCGUGGGAGCCCUGCGUCACGGUGUCGGGCCACUUCGGUUCGGUGGAGGACGUGUCGUGGGAUCCCUCGCAGCGCUACGUCGUCUCCAUCCACGGCUACGAUAUGAGCUGCCUGGCAUUCGUGAACGGGGCCAGCCACCGCUUCGUCUCGGGGGCCGACGAGAAGGUCAUCCGCGUGUUCGACGCCCCGCGCACCUUCGUCGCCACCCUGGCCGCCAUCACCGGCGUCGCAGCGGAGCCGGAGCUGGCCGAGUCCAGACCGUUGGGCGCCAACGUCCCCCCGCUUGGCCUCUCCAACAAGCCCGUGUUUGAGGGUGAGGAGCGACCGGCGGAGGCGGCCGACGGGAUGAAGUUCAGGGAGGAGGCGGUGGCCGAGCCCGUCGUGCUGGGCGUGCCGCCUUUCGAGGAGCACCUCAUGCAGUCCACGCUCUGGCCCGAGAUCUACAAGCUCUACGGCCACGGCGACAACCUCGUCUGCCUCGCCUCCAGCCGCUCGGGCAAGCACAUCGCCUCCGCAUGCAAGGGAUCGAAGCCGGAGCAGUGCGGAGUCAUCGUGUGGGAGACGGACCCGUGGAAGAAGAGCCACCAGGUCUACUCGCACACGCUGACCGUGACCCAGCUCGAGUACUCGCACGACGACGCCUUCCUCUGCUCGGCCUCGCGAGACCGCUGCCUCUCCAUUUUCUCCACCAGCGCCGAGGAAUACAAACUGGUGGCCAAGAUCAAGGCACACGAUCGCAUCAUUUGGUCGUGCAGCUGGUCCCACGACGACGCCUAUCUCGCCACCGGCUCCCGAGACAAGAAGGUGAAGGUGUGGAGAAAGGGAACGAGCGAGAAGGACGGCCAGCAGGUGCCCUCGUGGUCCCUCGAUUCCAGUCUGCUGUUCAAGACAGGCGUCAACGCCGUGGCCUUCUUCCCCAUAGCAGGCGAGGGGACGUGGCGGUAUCUGCUCGCCGUGGGCCUCGAGAACGGCCUCAUCUCUCUGUGGGUGGGCUCCCACCAGGCCGACACCAAGGGCCUGCGGUGGACUUCGCUCAUCUCCGUCCCUCCCUCCUUGUGCCCCGUGGAUACGGUCAAGCGGCUCAGCUGGCGAAAGCCCACCGCCGAUGCGGCAAGGGAGCAGGCCACGUUCGACCUGGCCGUCGGUGCGAGCGACCACUCAGUGCGAAUCCUGUCCUUCACCCUCCACCCUUGA